AUGUCUUCCGACCAGGACGCUAGUCACAGAAAACGGCGACGCUCAACGUCGCGCGGUCCUCUCGACCCCUCGUCGCCCUGGGGCGCGUCCGGAGAAAGCGAUGGCGGCCACGAACGCGCCUCGUCGAUUCCGCCGUCGUCGCUGCCGACUUCGAGUCCGCCCGGCGCGAUGUCGGACCUGACGGAUGGCGAAGAGGCCGAGGACCGUAGUGUAAUCGACGAGGGCGACGUGCGCGACCUCGACGACGAGGCUGACGACGACGAGGGCGAGGACCUCUUUGGCGACCAGAUGGAGCGUGAUUACGAGGCGAAUGCAGAACUCGACCGAUACGACUCGGAAGGGAUGGACGAAGCGUUCCAAGGCGCGAUGAGUGCGGAUGCCCGCCAGCUGGCCGAGAUGCGCAUGGCGCGCCGCGACCGUGCCGAGGGUGUCGGGCGCAUCUCACGUCGUGCGCCCGUCUUUUUGCAGAGCGACGACGAGAGCGAGGACGGGGUGCUGCGCCGCCGGCGCCGCCGCCACUAUGACGAGGCGCCGGAUGAGGAGGCGAUGGCCGAUGACUUGCCGAUCGAGCAGCUCGGCGACGUCAAGGCAGACAGCAUCGCGGCGUGGGUCGCGACGGAAAAUGUGCGCCGGACGAUCGUGCGCGAGUUCCGCAACUUUCUGGUGACGUACGUCGACGAACAGGGUGUGAGUGUGUACGGCCAGCGCAUCAAGCAGCUCGGUGAGCUGAACCUCGAGUCGCUCGAGAUUUCUUUCCUGCAGCUCGUCGACGCCAAGGCGAUUCUGGCCUACUUUUUGGCCAACUCGCCAGCAAGCAUCCUGCCCAUCUUUGACGAGGUCGCAUUCGAUGUCGUGCUCUUGUACUACCCGUCGUACGACCGCAUCCAUCCAGAGAUCCACGUGCGUGUGGCCGACCUGCCCACGUCGCUCACGCUGCGUGAUCUGCGCCAGAGCAACCUGAACUCGCUCGUGCGUGUGAGCGGCGUAGUAACGCGCCGCUCCGGCGUCUUUCCCCAGCUCAAAUACGUCAAGUUUGACUGCUUGAGCUGCGGCGAAGUCCUCGGGCCUUUUUGGCAGGACUCGAACCAGGAAGUGAAGGUGAGCUUCUGCAGCAACUGCUCGCGCCGCGGCCCUUUCCGCGUGAACUCGGAACAGACCGUCUACCGCAACUACCAAAAAAUGACUCUGCAAGAGUCGCCCGGAAGCGUGCCGCCCGGCCGCCUGCCGCGCCAUCGCGAGGUGAUCCUGCUCUGGGAUCUGGUCGAUGCGGUCAAGCCCGGCGAGGAGAUCGAAGUCACGGGCAUCUACCGCAACAACUUUGACGCGGCGCUCAACACCAAGAACGGGUUCCCGGUGUUUGCGACAGUCAUUGAAGCAAACCACAUUGCCAAACGCGAUGAUGCGUAUGCCGCCUUCCGGCUCACCGAAGACGAUGAGCAAGCGAUUCGUGCGCUGGCGCGCGACGACCGGAUCGGCAAGCGCAUCAUCAAGAGUAUGGCGCCGAGUAUCUAUGGCCACCAGAGCGUCAAGACGGCUAUUGCGCUGAGUCUCUUUGGCGGUGUGUCGAAGGACGUCGGCGGCAAGCACCGCAUCCGUGGCGAUAUUAAUGUGCUCCUGCUCGGUGACCCCGGUACGGCCAAGUCGCAGUUCCUCAAGUACGUCGAAAAGACGGCGAGCCGCGCAGUGUUUGCAACCGGUCAAGGUGCCUCUGCUGUCGGUCUCACGGCGAGCGUACGCCGCGACCCCGUCACGCGCGAGUGGACGCUCGAGGGCGGUGCGCUGGUGCUCGCCGACAAGGGCGUGUGCCUUAUCGACGAGUUUGACAAGAUGAACGACGCGGACCGCACGUCGAUCCACGAGGCGAUGGAGCAGCAGAGCAUUUCGAUCUCCAAAGCAGGCAUCAUUACCAGCCUGCAGGCGCGCUGUGCGAUCGUCGCCGCGGCGAAUCCGAUCCGCGGACGCUACAACCCCACGAUCCCCUUUAGCCAGAACGUGGAGCUGACCGAGCCGAUCCUGUCGCGUUUCGACGUGCUAUGUGUGGUGAAGGAUACGGUCGACCCUGUCCAGGACGAGAUGCUUGCGCGGUUCGUCGUGAGCUCGCACCUGCGUGCGCACCCCCUCUUUGAUGACGAGGUGGACGAGCAGCGCGUCGCGACGUCUUGGGAUGCGGACAUCAUUCCGCAGGACAUGCUGCGCAAGUACAUUACCUAUGCGCGCGACCGCAUCAAGCCGCGCCUCGACGCGCUGGACGAGGAGCGCCUCUCGCGGCUCUAUGUCGACCUCCGCCGCGAGAGUCUCAACACCGGCUCCUACCCCAUCACCGUGCGCCAUCUCGAGAGCAUGAUCCGUAUGGCCGAGGCGAGUGCCAAGAUGCACCUGCGCGACUAUGUGCGUUCCGACGACAUCGACCUCGCGAUCCGCGCGACGGUCGAGAGUUUCGUGAGCGCGCAAAAGAUGAGCAUCAAGCGUACGCUCGAGCGUGGCUUCCGCAAGUACAUCCACCAGGCGCGCGACCACGACGAGCUGCUUUCUUUCCUUUUGGGCGGUAUUGUCAAGGACAAGAUGCGCUUUUCGCAGUACGGCCACCGGCGCCGCGAGGCCGAUGCGCCCUUUACUAUCACCGUCUCCCUCGCCGAGCUCGAGUCGCGGGCCAAGGAGCUGGAUAUCUUUGACGUGCGUCCGUUCCUGCUCAGCCGCGUGUUCAAAGCGAACGGGUACGUCUGGAACGAGAGCCAAGGCACGAUCGCCAAGCGCUUUGGUCCCGCCGACGAGCGCUAG